CAGGCCCGGCCGGAUCGGCAGAAGCCCGCCCAGGCCCGCCUGAGCAGCAGUGACUGAUUCCAGCUCAUUUACCAACCAUAUGAUUGCGGCGGAAACCUUCCUGACCCUUCGAGAUGCAACGGACCCGCCGGAUGGUCUCAUACCCUCGUCUCGAGGUCGGGUUGAUCGUAGUGACUAUGGAUAUGGAGGCAAUUGGGAUGGAUGAUGGCCGGAAACCCCCGAUUGUCUCAGUGACCAAGAUCGCCGCCUCGCUUUGCUCCAUUUCUGUCAUUCUUUUGCGGAUCCGGCACCCGCCCUGUCCUCGCCUCCGUCUUGUCAACAGAUCAGAUUCCAUGAGCACACCCACCAGCAAACAAAUCCUCGUCGCCAUCGACGACUCCGAGCACAGCAGCUAUGCUCUCGAGUUUGUCUUCACGCACCUCGUUGCCGAAGGCGACCGGGUCCACGUUGUCUCGGUUUGCAGGAUCAACAGCCUUAUCGACUAUUCCCUUCCGAUCCGGACGGAUCUUGCUGCUGACAUGGAAGGCGACGAGAUCCAGGAGCUGGCUUUGAACGAGGUCCGUGCCGAAGUCGUGCGGGUCUCGUCCAGACACCCUCACCAAUGCGAAGUAGUCAUCAAGAUCCUGGCGGGCGAUCCUCGCGAAGCAAUCCUGUCGUACGCCGACGAGAUUAUGCCCACGCUGAUUGUUGUGGGCAGCCGCGGCCGCUCUGCGAUCCAAAGCCUCCUCCUGGGAAGUGUGUCUGCGCAUGUUGUCCAUCACGCCAAGGCUCCAGUGAUGGUGGUGCGCCCGGUUGGCCGCUGAAUGCGGCCGGAUAUGUGUGCGAGGGCGGCUG